CCCAAAGCCAAUUGCUAGGCACUUUUGUUGUCGACUAGGCUUACAACCCCCUUGGUAUAUAUUAAUUUCAAUUUUCAUCAUUCCCCCCUCAAAUGAGAAUGUGAGGAGUGUUUUUACGAGGGGAGGUGGAGAGAAAGAAAAGUCACGUGACCUAACAAGACAUAUAAAUCGCCUCUCAUGCCCUAAAGUGUCGCCACUUCUUAUUCCAGUGACAUCUGAAAAGGUAUUCCAGUUUCCGGUUCAAGAGUUUUAAAAUUUCAUUUUUACCGCUGAUUUGGAAAAGAAAAGCUCUCCUUAAAUCGGGCUCCGGCGCAUCUCCCGGAUUGGAGAGAGACCAUCUCCUUCCAGUUGCUCACUUACUUUACACAAUGAUGGUAAUAGCUUAUACAAGUUUACUUUUGCUAUGCUCCAAUGUUUGUUGGAGUGAAGUUCAUGCAAAAGAUUUGUCCUGUAACAAAGGUUUAGAAAGUGACCAAAGUGAAAACUUCUCAAAUGAAGAGAGCUCUCGUAACCGGAGAAAAGAAAGUUAUGAUGGAAAUAUUCUAAAGACAUUGCUCUUGCAUUUGAUCAAAUAUCCUAGAAGGUUAAACAGAGCUGAAGGCAAGUCAGAAAAUUACAGUCUUCGAGCGAAUUAUAUACCCAGAUUAGGACGUAAGAGAAACUACCCAAUUUAAAAACCAAUCAAUUGUCUAAACUAAAAAUAUUUAAUACAUCGAUUUUCAAGAUAUUUGUUUGUCAAAAAUGUCUUUCUUUUCUUAGAGUGUGAUACAAUAAAAAUCUGUCGCGUUGCUUCUUUUGUCUUCAUUCUAAUGAUAAGAGCUGUUUUUUAAGUAAGGGGUGUUUUGUUGUGUACACGAAUAG